UGGGGAGCCUUCAGGUGUCUUCAAUGCUGCGGGAAAACUGAAUGUUUUCAUAUGGUUCUGUAACGUCUGAGAGGAAGUCUGUAAAGUUUGUAGUGACAGAUCAUAUUUGAGUUGAUGGGGUAUCAGAGGAGCAUGUGGCGCAGUCUGGCCGGAGGAGGAGGAGGAGGAGGAGAUGUGGCUGUGGUGAGGUGUUCAUGUUCAGAGGAGGAGGUGAAGAUCUCCUUCAGGAGUGUUGGGGAGGAGCGGCGGCUCAGACCAGUGUUUGUCCGUCGCUGGUUCGGUGGACUGUCAGUGUCUCUGCUCUUCAGAUAUUUAGUGAAACCCUCCGAGGAGUGGUUAGCCGAGUCCCCCCGCCUGUCCACUGCCUCCAUCAGCAGCAAUGAGCGUGCUCCGUCAGCCACGCCCUCGGACUCCUCCGACCGCCGCCCGGUAAGCCUGAUCUCAACGCUAUCCUCGGGCUCCGGGUCCUCCAGAGACGACAACCUCGCCCCACCGCCGUCCACACAAACGUCUGACGUAGACUUGGACCUGAGCCCUGCGGGGGGCGCUGCAGAGGGCGAGGGGGGAUCGUUGCCAUGCUCAGACCCUGACAGGAAGGGGCGGAGCCCCGUCCUCACACACAACAACAACAACAACAAAGAGUCCACGCCGGGUCGAGCGUCCAGCCGCCGUCGCCAGGCGUCACCGUUCAUCAGCAGGAGCAUGGCGCCAAACCCUCAGCUGACCUACCUGGACCGCGUUGUCAUGGAGAUCAUUGAGACGGAGAGGAUGUACGUCAGAGACCUGCGCAUGAUCGUAGAGGACUACCUGGCCCACAUCAUCGAUCAGUGUGAUCUGUCGAUCCGUCCGGAGCAGGUCUGCGCUCUGUUUGGAAACAUCGAGGACAUCUACGAGUUCAACAGCGAGCUGCUUCAGGCUCUCGACCUCUGUGACAACGACCCCGUCGCCGUCGCCAGGUGCUUCGUCAUGAAGAGCGAGUACUUUGAGAUCUACACACAGUACUGCACCAACUACCCAAAUUCGGUUGCGGCGCUGACGGAGUGCAUGAGGAAUAAAUCUCUGGCCAAGUUUUUUCGAGACCGUCAGGCGUCGUUGAAGCGCUCGCUGCCUCUCGGCUCAUACCUCCUCAAACCUGUUCAGAGGAUCCUCAAAUAUCACCUGCUGCUCCAGGAGAUAGCAAAGCACUUUGACCCCGAGGAGGAGGGAUACGAGGUGGUGGAGGAGGCGAUCUACACCAUGACCGGCGUGGCGUGGUACAUCAACGACAUGAAGAGGAAACAUGAGCAUGCCGUCAGACUGCAGGAGGUCCAGUCCCUGCUGCUGAACUGGAAAGGUCCAGACCUGACCACGUACGGAGAACUGGUUCUGGAGGGAACCUUCAAAGUUCAUCGAGCCAAAAACGAGAGAACGCUCUUCCUGUUCGACCGCAUGCUGCUCAUCACCAAACGCCGCGGAGAGCACUACGUCUACAAGACGCACAUCUCUUGUUCCACCCUGAUGCUGAUUGAAAGCUCCAAAGACUCUCUGAGCUUCAGUGUGACUCACUACAAACAUCCCAAACAGCCUCACACCGUCCAGGCGAAGACGGUGGAGGAGAAGAAGCUCUGGGCUCAUCACAUCAAGCGCAUCAUUCUGGAAAACCAUCACGCCAUCAUCCCUCAGAAGGCUAAAGAGGCCAUCUUGGAAAUGGACUCCAUCUACUCUCCCAGGUAUCGUUACAGUCCUGAGCGGCUGAAGAAAGCUUUUUCCUGUCAGUCCGACGAGUUGCCACGAGACGGUCGUCAAGGACGACGACAGUCCGAGCCAACCAAACAGAUCCUGAAGAGCAGCAAAGUCAUCUUAAAGCACUCAGACAGUGACGGCUUGUUACCGAGGGAGAGGCGCUCUCUGCAGCCCGCCACCAGCAGCAGCACGCCGGGCUCCGGCCUUGGAGAGUCUGAGGCUGACCACGCUGCUGACGAUGAGGAGGAGGAGGAGGAGGAGGAGGAGCUCAGCAGCAGGAAGGACUCACUGGAGCGACUGAUCUGCAGUGAAGAAGAGGAGGAGGAGGAAGAGGAGGGGACGUUGAGUCCUCAGCAGUCUCAUCAGACGCCGGCGGACGACAGUGAGCCAGACGACAUUCUGCUGGAGGACGAUCAGGUAGACGACUUCGCCAGCUCGGUGCUGGCUGCCAUCUCCUGCUGGCACUACAGGGCGCAGGCUCUGCUCUCCGCAGGGGUUACCAUGGUGACGGAGGCGGACGGAGGCAGCGUCUCUAACGGCUGCAACAAAGAAAACGGUCGACUUCCUGAAGAAGACGAAUCAGGUGGAACUGAACCAGCGACUGAGGAGCUCUGCAAAGAAAAGCAGCAGCAGGAGAAGACAGAAACUGGACCGACGGAAGACCCUGAACCUGAACCCUCCUCUGAUUUGGACAGUUUGUCUGCUACACCUCCCAGGAUCUCAGCAUCUCCUCAGAGUUCAGAAGAACUGAAACCUGAAAGAGAUCCAGAGCCCACAGAGCCACCGUCCUCCGCCACACCUGAUUCAGAUUCAAAAACCUUGAGUAGCGGGGAAUCCUCGGAUGAUGAGGAGGAUGUGAAAGAGGCAAGAGAGAAAGAAGGUGAAGCCACCAGCAUCCUUCCCUCCUCUGUCCUGGACAAAGCCAGCGCCAUCGCUCAGCACUUCACCAACAGCGUCAAACGAGGCAGCCUGGCCCAGGACGACGCCCGCUCCCUCGGCUGUGCUUCACCACGGCUCCCCAGCAGGACAGGCAGCAGCCUCAGCCUCAACUCCGAACACCCCGACCGAACACAGCGGCUCAACAGCAUCUGCUCUGAUCCUGCAGAGACCUUCGGCAUGACGGAUUUGACCCUGCUGUCUCCUCGGGACGACAGCCUCUUUGAUGGCGAGCGAGGCAUUCGGAGGAGGAGAGACUCCACCCUGUCAAAGCAGGACCAGCUCCUCAUUGGCAAAAUCAAGAGUUACUACGAGAACGCCGAAAACCAGGACGCCACCUUCUGCCUCCAGCGCAGAGAGAGCCUGACGUACAUCCCGACCGGGCUGGUCAGGAGCUCUGUCAGCCGGCUCAACAACAUCCCGAAUACAAAUCCCUCCACCUCGACCACGUCCUCCAGUCUGGAGUCAAACUCAGCUUUACCUGCAGAUACCCGGCGUCACAUCGUCUCCAGUGACUCUUUGGACUCUUUCAAGUCCGAUCAGAGAAGCACAGAUCCAGAGGAUUCAGAAGAAAGCCCCUGGUCCAGAUCUCAAAGCUUGCAGGACAAUCCAUCUGAGGAUGAGGAGUUCAGACCUUCAUCUGAAAUGAUCAAAAUCUGGCAGACGAUGGAGAGACAGAUCACCAGGUCCCAAAGCGAAGAUAGAGGGCGUGAACGAGCUCGAGAAUCUCCAAGAAUCUCCAGAGCGACCAGCGUCAGCACGACAAAGACCCCAAACAAGAGCUGUGACAGAGAGAGUGGAGCGUCUGACCUCAGCAUCAUCACUGAGGAAUCCAGAAGUCCUUCACCUCUCAAGCUCAGAGCUGCCACUGUCAAUCGGACAGGAAGUCUGAAGGACACGCUGAAGCUGUUCGCGGAAGAAGCUGUCGGCCUCAGGGCUCUGGUUCCCCGGGUCGCCCAGCUGAAGGCGGAGGCAGAGGGAGAAAAACCCAGCGAGGAUUCAAACCAGCCGGGCGACGAAGACAAGACGAAGAGCAAAGUCCUCCAUCUGGCCCGUCAGUACAGCCAGCGAAUCAAAACCACCAAACCAGUGGUCCGACAGAGAAGUCAGGGCCUCCUGAUCGGCAAGAAGACCUUACCCUGUGUGGUGGAGGAGAAGGAGGGUGCAGGUAAACCCAACCUGACUCUGCCGCUAGUCUCUCACAACCAGGCUACGUCUCAGCCACUGAGUCCUGUGGACCAGAUCCAGACUGCGACCUCUGACCUCACCUGCAGCUCGAUGGCCGGUUCCUUGAGCCGGGCUCGCUCUCGCAGCCCCCUCAGCCCCCUCAGUCCUCCGCCCCCCAUUGAGGGCUUCAACUGGCCCGACGUCCGAGUACUCCGCUCCAAAUACUCCGACCACGGUCUGAGGAGGCACUCCAGCUGCUCCUCCAGCCUGCUCCUCGCUGACGGAGCUUCUGGCGAGGCUCCUUCACACAAGCCUCGCGGCAGCCGGGAUGCCAGCAGAGAGGAACGCAGGAAGCGGAUUCAUAGAGCAAAUUCUCUGGACCCUCGGCUGAGUGGAGCACAAAUGACUGAGCUGCAGAAGCUCCAGGAUCAGGUCGCCAACGGCGACUACGACGGUUACUACGUUGCAGCUGAGGCGCCGCUCCCAGACAACCCCGAACACAAGAUCAUCGUCAUGGAGAAGCUUCCAGAGCCUGAGACAGAGCCGGCUCAAACAGCCAAAGAAGAAGAAGAAGGGGACGACAGCUACAUUCAGAUCCGUUCCCCGACCAGCAGGGAGAAGAUCUCCAUCAUGGCCGUCAUCGACCGCUGCCGCGUCUAUCAGGAGUCUGACGAAUAUAAACAGAGGGAGGACGUGAAGGCCAAGACGGAGGUGGGGAGGGCUCAAGAGCUUGACGCAAAAGAUCCGGACGACGAGUCCCAGAAAACAAGCUCAAACUGUGGGCCAAAGACGGAAGGCGGUCAGCAGAGCAUCGUAAAAAACCUGAGAGAAAAGUUUCAGAGCCUGAGCUGAAUGAACGGCGCCGCAAAACUGUCAGAGCGUCACAUUUUAUGUCUUUAAGUAAAGAACAGAGAACUGAUCGUGCAGCAGACGACUGUUAAACAGCUUCAGAGGACGAGAUCUGCUCAUUCUGUCAUCAUCAAAGAAUCAUCUGUAAAAUAUUUUGAUUCGGUGUGAAAAACAUUUUAAGAUCAGGACAUAAAAUGAUUAAAUGUGGAGAUGAAGAAAUAAAACAUCUGAAAUUCUCACGGUUACAUAAUUAUAUCUUUAUAAUAAUUAUUGUGAUUUUAAGAAAACAAAUGUUCAAAAGACAAAAAUAUCACUCAUGAUUUCAGCGGCUUUUUUUAUAAAGAUCUUUUCCCAGCGUCCUCUCUGGCAUCUCAUCGAGAAAUGUCUUGAAUUCUGUAAAUAUCUUUCUACAGUUGUCAAGUACAAACCACCUCCAGUCAGAAUAUUUGUUCAAAGCACCUUUUUGUACAGGAUGUAAUUUUGUGCAUUUUCCUCUUCAGUCGUUCUGACUGAUAAUAGAUUUUAGGGGGUUGUGUGGACGCUCAAGGAUCAGUCUCACAGUUAGGGUUAGUUAAGUCGUCAUCUUCUCUAAAAGCUUCAUGUGUUCCAGUUACAGCAGAGAUUGUUCUCACUAAAGCUCGUCUGUGUGGAGUCCUAACCGCCAAACUUUACCUCUGCACGUCUCUUCAGUCACAUUUCUUAAAAGAACUCACAGAUUUUGCAGCUGCAAAACUUCUGGUGUUUUUUUUAUGAAAGGAAACGAGACUGAUGGAAAAGUCAGAGGAGAGAAUAUUCUUUGAUUGAGAAGCAUGGUGGUUUUAGCAGUUAGCAUUGGAGCUAUCUGUCGACCACUGACUGCUGGACGCAGCGACUAAGCUCCGAGCUGGACUCCGCCCACAGCAGCAGAUCAGUAGGUAGUUCAGGGUGUGUGUCAGACUCCAGUCUGCUUCUCCAAACUGGGUGCAUGUUGACAGAUGUGUCCUGCAGGUAAAACUAACUUUGGUUAAGGCCCUCAUGUAACCCCACUUCUAAAACAUCUGCGCUGUCCCUUUAAGAGAAACUGUGUAAGUGUUGCCUGAUCUUCUGGUUUCAUAAAACAAAUCUCUGAUAAUUUGAUAUUUAACAGUGAAGAUUUAAAGUGCAGCCUGUCAGAUAAACGUAUGGAGGACCAAACCUGUUUCACCAGGAGUCAGAUAAAUCAGUGGAUGAUGUAAAAAUACGAUCACACAAACACUGAGACCGAUCAGUUAUUUUUAAUGAGUAAACGUAUGAUUAUGAAUUUAUUUCCCUCAGCAGAGUUUAUUUUUCCACCAGUACAAAUAAAUUCCUUCAAUAUGCAAAUAAGUCAAUCACCUAAUUAAUUUUACCCUCAGUGUUUGAACGAUUUGUUUUCCUACAUGUUUGUGCCUUUAUUUAAUCUGUGCGUUUAACGUUGUCCAUCAACGUAUUUCCUGGUGACUCAGGUUCUGUUCUCCGAACACUCGAGUCAUUUUAACUAACAGGUUCUUUUUUUUGGCUCAGUGGCACGUCGACGGAUACGGGACUUGAACCUGUGACUUGAAGCACUGGUCCACCCUGCACAUGAUGUUCCUCCCUCAGUGCACCACUGUUAACCCUUCCUGUUCCUCCUAUUUAUUUCCUCCUGUGUAAAUAGAGACAGAUGUGUAUUUCUAUAAGUCGUGUGUACAAACAUGUUUAUGUGUCAUCAGGUCUGUUGUGUUCCUCAUUAAAACCACACAUACAGGAUCAGCA